CUCGUCAACCUCACACCCCACCAACCUCAACUUUACGACCAUAUUCGCAAACACUCCGCCCUUGUGCCAUCACAUUCUCUACAACAAUGGCAGAACCUCCAAUAGUUCUGGACGGAGGAACCGGAUUCCUCAAGGUUGGCUAUGCCGCACAAAACUUUCCCGAAUUCCAAUACCCAUCAAUAGUAGGACGACCAAUCCUCCGUUCCGAAGAAAAAGGCAAUGAUGGCCUCGUCAUCAAGGAUAUUAUGUGCGGAGAUGAGGCAGCCGCAGCACGAACAAUGCUGCAGAUUUCAUAUCCGAUGGAGAAUGGUAUUGUGAAGAAGUGGGAUGAUAUGCAGCAUCUUUGGGACUACACUUUCUACGAGAAGAUGAAGGUCGAUACUACGGGGCGCAAGAUCUUGCUUACGGAGCCGCCUAUGAAUCCCCUCAAGAACCGAGAGCAGAUGUGCGAAGUCAUGUUUGAGCGAUAUCAAUUUGGAGGUGUUUACGUGGCUAUCCAAGCUGUGCUUGCACUAUAUGCUCAGGGUCUCAGCUCAGGAGUGGUUGUGGAUUCUGGGGAUGGAGUUACGCAUAUUGUGCCCGUUUACGAAUCUGUCGUGCUUAAUCACCUCACUCGCAGACUAGAUGUGGCUGGUCGAGACGUCACUCGCAACCUGAUUGCCCUCCUCCUUCGACGCGGAUAUGCCUUGAACCGAACGGCUGAUUUCGAGACUGUACGACAAAUCAAGGAGAAGCUCUGCUAUGUUUCAUACGAUCUUGAGCUGGACCAGAGAUUGAGUGAAGACACAACGGUUUUGGUUGAAAGCUACACUUUACCAGAUGGUCGUGUGAUCAGGGUGGGAAGCGAACGUUUCGAAGCUCCUGAAUGCCUCUUCCAACCCCACCUCGUCGAUGUCGAACAGCCUGGUAUUGCCGAGUUUCUCUUCAAUACCAUCCAAGCGGCAGAUGUCGAUGUUCGCUCGUCGCUUUUCAAGGCUAUCGUCUUGUCGGGAGGAAGCAGCAUGUACCCAGGUCUUCCAUCACGAUUAGAGAAAGAAUUGAAGCAAUUGUGGCUUACUAAGGUACUUGGAGGCAACCCCGAACGUCUGAGCAAGUUCAAGGUUAGGAUUGAGGAUCCACCGAGGAGAAGGCAUAUGGUUUUCCUGGGAGGUGCGGUAUUGGCGAACAUCAUGGCGGACAAGGAGAACAUGUGGAUCUCGAAACAGGAGUGGGCUGAACAGGGCUCUAAAAUUUUAGAGAAGCUCGGUCCUAGAUAAGUUGUGGGAGGAUGACAAAAAUAAAUUGCUUGCCGUUGUCUUGAUUUUGUUGCUGCUUGUGUUGGUGUCUGUUGUGCUAUCAGUGAAAGAGCUGCUGUCCUUCAUUGUUUCAUGUCCAGCACUUGAGUUUCCGAGAGUAGCAAUGCAAGUGUUGCUGCAUGUCUCAAGAUUUGCAAGAGAAGUGUAACUGGCUGUUGGAUAGAUAUUUUCCUGCUCACAAUUUUUCCUGGAGUUUGGCAGUUUGGAUGUCUCACAUGUCUGAACACAUGUCUGAACAUUCAAGAAUCAGCUUUCAAGCAACAGUUCUCCUCUUGGCUUCUGGUUUAAGACUAGGCAAUGAUGGCCGAGAAGGUCUCCUGCGUGCAAGGAUCUUGACAACUGCAAGUGUAGAAUCUCCUACCUCCAGUCAUCCAGUCCCGGUUCAUUCUCGU